AUGAACAAGAAUUUUGGCGCACUUGUUGUUGAUGCGGGGGGAUUCGAGAAUCUUGAUUUCCAAGAAAAAAACUGUCGGAAUUUUAUUGACAAAACCCGACACUUAAGGUUGGGUAAAGGAGGUGGUGAAGCACUUACUGAUUAUUUUAAGAGGAUGAGGUUGAUGAAUGAUGGUUUUAUUUACGUGGUCGAUGUGGAUGAGGAGUUGAGAAUUAUAAAUGUGUUCUGGGCUAAUGCACAUAGUAAAGCAGCGUAUGAGUAUUUCGGAGAUGUUACCACCUUCGAUACGACAUAUCUAACAAAUAGAUAUGGUAUGCCAUUUGCUCCUUUUGUUGGUGUAAAUCAUUAUGGGCAGUCUAUACUGUUAGGUGCUGACUUGAUUUCAAGCGAGGACAUAAGGUUGAAGACUUCUAUCCAAAGUGCACUAUAUGAUUCAAGAACAUGCGCAGACUUUGAGGAGAAGUGGGGGCAACUUAUUCAGAAGUAUAAUCUUGGUGAUAAUGCAUGGCUGCAAGGGUUGUACAACGAGAGACCAUUUUGGGUACCAACUUACCUUAAGGGAGUAUUUUGGGUGGGUAUGAGCACUACACAACGGUCUGAAAGCAUGAAUGCUUUCUUCGAUGGGUUUGUGCAUUCUGGUACGAGUUUGAAAGAAUUUGUUGAUCAAUUUGACAAUGCACUGAGAAAGAAGGUGGAGGUCGAGACGACAGCUGAUUUCAAUUCCUCCAACCAAACCAUCCCAUGUUCAUCUCCAUUCCGCAUAGAGAAGCAGCUUCAAGUAGUGUAUACGAAUGCAAAAUUUAAAGAGGUCCAAAGAGAGGUGUGGGGGAUGAUUUUAUGUAACUGCAUACUUAUUAGCAAAGAUGGUUACAUUUCCACCUUCAAUAUUUUGGAUGAAAUCACGACUAAUGAUGAUAACGUCAAAAGUGUCAAGUACUCAGUUUACUUUAACGAGGAGGAGUGUGAUGUGAAAUGCACUUGUGCAUUGUUUGAGAUGAGGGGGAUUCUCUGUAGACAUGCAUUGAACGUUUGCCAGAUGAAGAAGAUUCAUGCGUUACCAGAUAAGUACAUCUUAGAUCGAUGGAGGAAAGACUUAAAGAGGAGAUACACAGUGGUAAAAAGUAGCUACGAUGACUUGCGGCACAAUGCGGACUCACGGAGGUAUGAGCUUGUGGUGAAACGAUGUCUAAAAUUAGCGACCCGUGUAUCCCCAAGUUAUGACCAUGUUAAUGCAUUCAUGCGCCAUUUGGAUGAGUUUGAGAAUCAAUUUAAAGGAUUAACACUUGAGUCCGGUUCAACCUAA